GAGCACUCAGGUGUGCCUCAAACAGAAGAGACUACUCAUCAAAGAGUUUCCUGCAUUCAGAGUUGUAGUUUAAAAUGGACGAAUAUCAAUAUCAAUUGUUCUUUGAAGCCAAAGGUCAGAUAGAGACACACAUAAGGAACGUCAGCUUCAAGCAUAAAGAAGACCAGGAAAGACCUUGGCAGAAGUAGCUUCACAUGUUCUCUUUAUCUUCUGAAAAAAGGCGUCUGACCACGAGCCAAACCGAUUCACCUCAGAAACCUGAUCAGCCAUGGACGCCGACGUUAACAAAACCGAAGUUAACAAACCCACACAAGAAAGUCUGAACCUACCAUUUCCUGAACUGGUUGACUGUUUGGAUGAAGUCUUAGACCUGAUUGGCUUGGAACACAAGAAAGUGACGCUAAAAACCUCAACUACCCCAAAUCCUUGUGUGCUCCUGUCUGGACUUCGUUGUCACGUAGAUGAGGUGAAGCAGGCCCUGAUCCCCGCUUUGUCCUGCCUGACAUCAGACACACUAGUCCUAGAUGGACCAGGGGCUCAGCAGUUCUUCCAGGCUGAGGGAAAAAUAAGCAAAGAUCUCAUACAGAGUUCCUCUCAGGUCCUUAUCAAGGAACAUCCAGGUGUGAAUUCCCCGGAUGUGAGGAUCAGCAACCCAGUCCCCAGCCUCACACCCAGGCCUUCAGAUGAAAGAUCUUGCCUCACCCCCAUUGAGAACAUUGCAGCCAAUGAAACAAACCUGCAGAUUAAGUUUGGCACGUUGGAGGAUCAACAGCUGACUUCAACUAAAGUGGGAAAGAAUCCGGUGACUAACAAUGACAUCACUCUGAUGGUCGUACCUGGGGUCAGGCUACACGUGGUGUUCGGUGACAUCACUCAUGAGACUACAGACGCAAUUGUGAACUCGACCAACUUCAAACAUCUCGAGUAUGGUGUUUGCAAAGCCAUUCUAACUGCAGCUGGACCAGUGGUGACGGCCCAAGUCAAAGCAGCAAAAGUGAACAGAGGAUCAAUUUUCAAAACAAAGGGAGGAUCUUUACCUUGCAAAGCCAUUUUACAUGUGUGUGGACUAAAAGACGCAGGCCUCAUUGAGAGUCUGGUGUGUGACCUGAUUCUACAUUGUGAGGCCUCUGGAUACAGGUCCAUCGCCAUUCCUGCCAUCUGUGCCGGACAAGGUGGGAUGAACGCUGGUGUCGUAGCACAGGCCAUUCUCCAAGGGGUUAAAACUGCUGCAUCGUCCACUCCCUUACGCUGCGUCACUGACAUCCGACUCGUCCUGUUUGACAAAACAUUCUUCUUGCUCUUCAAAGAGGAGGCGUUGAAGGUGUUUUCUAUUGAUGUGGUCGACAAAGUGUCACUGCCUCAUGAACAACAGAAUCCACAAAGGUCUGUGACCGCCAAGCCCAGUAUCAUCAGUACCAGCUUCGACACUCGGAAGUCUGUCUUCCUGUUCCUGGGUCUUUGGUGUAAGAACGUCUCAGAUGCCAAGAUGAAGCUGAAGCAACUGUACGAGGAUCAGUGCUUGACUCACACCUUCAAGGCCGAGGAGGUGGGAAGCCUCUCAGAGGAGGACAUUGUGUGUCUGCAGCAGCUGGUGGAUAAGGAGGGUCUGAAGAUUCAGUCUGUCCAGGGCAACAUCACUGUGAGCGGGUUAAAAGAUGGGGUGAAAAAUGUGAUGCAGAUGAUUAAAGAAUCUCAGUUAAGCAACCUCAGGAGACAGGUAAUAGUCAGGGAGGAGGAGAAUUUGCUCAGUCGUGUGGCCUGGUGCAUCCUGGGAAGUAGCGGCAACUGGGAGAGACUUCCCAAAACAGCCAAUCACAGACUGGAGCAUAACAACCUAGUGGGAGGCAUAAUGGAUGAACAGAGAAACCAGUGGACCGUGGAUCUACAGAGGAUGGAGGCCACAGGACAAGUAACUAGAGAGAUAAGAAAAAUAAAACGACUUGAGAAUCUGCCCGACUUCACUCUCCCUCUGUACUGGGACAACAUGGCUGCUGGGGAGGAUAUGAAGGUGGUUACCCUGCAGGAGUCGUCUCCAGAGUACCGAUCAGUGGAGCAGGCCUUCAGACGAACUGUUCCAGAGGGCAGGAUAAAGAUUGAACGUUUGCAGAAUGUCCACCUGCGUCGGGCCUAUGAAGCGCAGAAGAAACACAUUUCUGAUAAGAAUGCAAACAUGGGCACCGAAGUGGAAAAGGUUCUGUACCACGGGACGACUCAGGACAACUGUGACGCCAUCAUGAAAACGGGCUUCAACCGGAGAUUUGCUGGACAAAACGCAACUCAGUUUGGUGAAGGAACCUACUUUGCCGUAAAGGCCAGCUACUCAGCCCAGCACCUCUAUGCCACGCCAACCGCCGACCGCUCACGGCGAAUUUUCGUGGCUCAAGUACUGACCGGCAUCUACACCCCCGGCAAAAGGGACAUGAAGGUGCCUCCUCCUCGUGACAUCUUUCUGCCACAUGACCGCUUCGACAGCGUGGUGGAUAAAAUGAACAACCCCAGCCUUCACGUAGUGUUCCAUGACAACCAAGCAUACCCAGACUACCUUAUCACCAUCCUGGGCAUCAAGGAUUGGGAGUGCAGCUUGCGGAUGUUACUGGGCCUCACGUAAAACCCUGACCCUAAAAACCAAAUGCUAAGGCACUGGAGCAAUGUGAAGCUGAGCCAGUCCCAAACACUGCAUUGUUUGCAUCUUGUCGUAAUCACAUAACUUGAUAUAACGUAAUCAGCUGAUAUCUCUCCUCUGUUCCUUUUAAUGUCUCGAGUCUCAGAUCGAUGCAGCCCUCUGACAGCAGCAACCCCCUCAACAGCAAAUUGUAGCUUUGAGUAAUGUUGGCAUAUGAGCCUUUUUCCAUGUGCCCCUUUUGAAAUUUGAGCCCCUGCCCCUCUAAAGGUCUCUGCACGGCCCUGUUCAGGUGACUAUGAGGGAGAGCUUAUGCAUUUUGCACUUUAAUUGUAGAAUAAUGAUCAGGGUUUUUUGUUUUUUCAUUUCUUCAGUGAGGAAUUAUGAUGAAUGAUUUGGAGUUUGUUUUUAAUGCUUCUAUGCACUUUAACAGUUUCUAUGUGAAUCUAAGCCUCAAUAGAAUAUGUUAAAUCACUGACGGUGAAGGAAACACUACAACUUGCAUACCUGCGCAGUCACUAGGGAAUGUAAUGGAAAUUCCACUGACUGGUGUCUCCCUGCUAUGUCUUUUAGACUUUGGGGCAGUUCCACUUGGACCACCCCUGCUUGUUGUGUAUUCUCUGCAGAGCUUCCUAAUAAAAAUACUCAAAGGCAA